GAAAGGAAGGGAGACAGAGGCAGAUUAAGCUGCAAGCGCUGAAUAAGCCAAAGCUUCAUCAAACCAAAGGAGGAGGGUAUUUAAAGUAGCACAUAGACAAGUGAGACUAAAUGCAGCAGAAUAUGUAAUACAGAGAAUGAAAUGUAAGAACUGAGCAGACCGUAUAUCAACUCAAAGACUAACAAACAUCAGGAAAAAAGAAGAAGCAAGCACUUACAGUUCAGGAGAGAACUAGCAGCCAAACAUGAAUGUAGUGAAGAAGUGAACAAAACAAGGGUGAAUGCAAGCACUGGAACUACUAAACCCAAAGUCUGCCAGGACAGCAGAACUUGCCGCUUUUGAAGACAGAAUGAACUGGAUCAAAUAGCAUCUACUGCAGAGAGUGAGGUGCCCAGAGAAUGCAGAAAAAAGCAAGAGUAUGGAGCAGUGAACAAUCUCAAGAGACACAACGCUGUUGCCAAUGGCAUAAAAAACCAUAACCAGCUCUAGACCAGCCCACAAAAUAACACUUAUAGAGCAAUUCAUCUUAACCCAAUAAGGACAGAUCCUAACCGAUGUCUAUCCUGCACACAUGGAGAAUGCUACGGCUGAAUGAGCAGUUUAUGUGCAGUGGGUGAACGCAGAGGAUCCACAGAAAAGUACAACGUGGCAGUACAACAUAUAAACCGCAGUCAGUAUCCCAAGUACUCUGACCAACAGGGGAAAUCAUCCAAGGUUGGGGCUCUCACCCUUUUUUUGGGAGGAACAAACACUAUAAAGGAAAAUAUUUUUGUUGACUGAAGAGGCUGCGAGAGUACUCAUUUAGCUUAAUGAGGAGAAUGGAGACACAAUUUGGGCUGUUCCUGCUGCAUUUGACUUUGCUGAUUAUUUCACGAUUCAGCCAGGCAGAAGCUGCACAAAAAGGAAGCAAUAAUGGAGAGGUGCUGCCAGAGUCCCUUCCAUCGGCUCCAGGAACCCUGCCUCACUUCCUGAUGGAGCCAGACGAUGCCUAUAUUGUCAAAAGCAAUCCUAUCCAUCUGCGAUGUAGAGCCAUGCCAGCAAUGCAGAUCUUCUUCAAAUGUAAUGGAGAAUGGGUGCAUCAAAGUGAACAUGUGUCCGAGGAGAGUGUCGAUGAAGCUACAGGUCUAAAAAUCCGUGAGGUCUACAUCAAUGUAACCAGGCAGCAGGUGGAGGAUUUCCAUGGGUCAGAAGAUUAUUGGUGUCAGUGUAUUGCUUGGAGCAACCUGGGCACAUCAAAGAGCAGAAGAGCAUUUGUGCGUAUAGCAUACCUGAGAAAAAAUUUCGAGCAAGAUCCAAAAGGAAAGGAGGUUCUCAUUGACACGAUGAUUGUCCUGCACUGCAGACCACCAGAGGGCAUACCCACAGCAGAGGUGGAAUGGCUUAAGAAUGAAGAGCUUAUUGACUCCCUAAUGGAUGAAAACAUUGACACAAGAGCUAGUCACAACUUAAUCAUACGACAGGCCCGCCUCUCAGACUCUGGCAACUACACCUGUGUGGCGUCCAAUAUCGUUGCCAAGAGGAGAAGCGCAUCAGCCACAGUCAUCGUUUUUGUGCAUGGAGGUUGGUCUUCUUGGGCCGAAUGGUCAGCCUGCAACGUGCGCUGUGGAAAAGGAUUUCAGAAACGUUCCAGGACUUGCACCAACCCUGCUCCCCUGAAUGGUGGCACUUUCUGUGAUGGCCCAUCAGUGCAGAAGAUAACUUGUAAUGCUUUGUGUCCGGUGGACGGUAAUUGGGAUGUGUGGAGUGAAUGGUCAGUCUGCAGCCCAGAAUGUGAACAACAGCGUGACAGGAAGUGCAUUGCUCCUGCUCCAACCAUUGGUGGGAAACCGUGUGAAGGGCUCAGCCAGGAGUCAGAAAACUGCACAGAGGGAUUGUGCAUCCAAGAGAAAAAACCUCUUCAUGAAAUUAGACCACAAAGUGCUGAGAAUGCUAGUGACAUUGCCCUGUAUUCUGGUCUGGGAGCGGCCAUCAUUGCUGUUGCUGUGCUGGUGGUAGGGAUUACUUUAUACAGAAGGAGCCAGAGCGAGUAUGGCGUGGAUGUUAUUGAUUCGUCUGCCUUGACAGGAGGCUUUCAGACCUUCAAUUUCAAAACUGUCCGACAAGGUAACUCCCUCCUUCUGAAUUCGUCUCUCCAGCCUGAUCUAACAGUGAGCAGAACCUAUAGUGGUCCAAUCUGCUUUCAAGAUCCAAUGGACAAAGAGCUGAUGACAGAGUCUUCAAUAUUUAACCCUCUUACAGACAUCAAGGUGAAAGUUCAGAGUUCCUUCAUGGUGUCUCUAGGAGUGACUGACAGGCCUGAUUUCCAGGGGAAGACCAUUUCUGGGUCAUUUCCUCAUGGCAAUAACAGGUGUUUUGGGACACUACAUAACAGGAACAAACUGCCCUACAUCCAGAAUCUCACAUCUAUUUCAUCCAAGCCAGAAAUGAGAGCCAGUGGCCAUUUUGGCCAUCAAGGAGGACGCUUAGUCAUGCCAAAUACAGGGGUGAGCCUGUUGAUCCCACACAAAGCUAUUGCAGAAGACAACUCAUGGGAAAUCUUUCUCAUAGUCAAUCAAGGGGAACCAAGCUUGCCGUUGGAAGGAGCAGAGGUUCUUCUGGGACCUGAAGUCACUUGUGGACCAUUUGAUAUCAACUUGUCCACUCCAGUGGCCUUGACCAUUCCACACUGCGCUGAGGUCAGCUGCGAGCACUGGAAUAUCCGCCUAAAAAGAAGAUCCCAACAGGGGAAAUGGGAGGAAAUCAUGUCCCUGGAUGAUGAAACAACAUCUUUUUAUUGCCUUUUGGACCCAUUUUCCUGCCAUAUUCUGUUGGACAGCUUUGGGACUUAUGCUUUGGUGGGGGAACCACUGACAGACUGUGCUGUGAAAGAACUCAAGGUGGCUGUUUUUGGCUGCAUGUCCUGCAACUCUUUGGAUUACAACCUUAGGGUUUACUGCAUAGACAACACUCCUUGUGCAUUCCAGGAGGUUCUUUCAAAUGAGAGGCAUCAAGGUGGACAAUUGCUGGAAGAACCAAAGUUGCUUCAUUUCAAGGGGAACACCUUCAGCAUUCAAAUUUCUGUUCUGGACAUCCCUCCUUUCCUCUGGAGGAUAAAGCCCUUUACUGCAUGUCAGGAGGUCCCCUUCUCCCGUGUUUGGUGCAGUAACCAGCAACCACUGCACUGUGCCUUUUCUCUGGAACGAUACACACCUGCUACAACUCAGCUAUCCUGCAAGAUCUGUGUACGGCAGGUAAAAGGACAUGAGUUGAUUCUUCAGGUCCAAACAUCUAUUCUAGAGAAUGAGCGAGAAACCAUAGCUUUCUUUGCGCCGGAGGACAGCAAUUUCCCUGCACAUACUGGUCCAAAAGCCUUCAAAAUCCCACACUCCAUCAGACAGAGGAUAUGUGCAACAUUCGACACACCCAACUCCAAAGGAAAGGACUGGCAGCUGUUAGCGCAGAAGUUGUCUAUAAACAGGAAUCUGAGCUACUUUGCUACCAAGAACAGUCCAUCUGCUGUUAUUCUGGACCUGUGGGAAGCUCGGUACCCCUAUGAUGGAAACCUGGAUUCACUGGCCUGUGCACUGGAGGAAAUUGGAAGGACACAAAACAAACUGUCACUAGUCACAGAGACUCAUUCAGAGGAUCCAGAUUUCAGCUACAGUCGACAAAAUGGCCUUUGAGAACUCACAUAUACCAUGGCUUGUUGAAGCCGGUAUUUAAAUAUGGACUUUAGCCCUUCUCAAAGGGUAUUACGGGGCAGGAGUAUAUGAGGCAAUGCCAUUUACAUGUUCCCCACGUCAGAGAACAGAUAAGGCCUUAUCAGUUUUAAAGCCAAAUGAUCUCAAGAUGCUUUGCUUCUCUUUGAAUGAACUAUAGGACAUUCAUUAAAGGAACCUUACUUGUGCAAAAAGGUUUUCAAAAAAAGCCAUUAGAUAUGGGGGGGAGUUUAGAAGUAGACCUUUCCGAAGAAAAGAAUCAGCCUUUGUGGUUAUAGAAGACAUAUCAUUAAAUGAACAUUGUCUUUAUUAAUCAGUUUAAGGUUAGUGAUAAAAAAAACAACUUAAUUACUGUAUAAAAAGACACGGUACACUGUACAGAUCCUUCUAUAGCCCCCUUCUAUGUACAGCUUCCCCAAGCUGCUUUGCCUUAUAGAAUGUAGAAUGCAGUAGCUUACACCUGAGAGAAUACCAGGAAUUGCUGUCUUGUGUGGUCUCUACAUGUCAUUUGACUCAAGCUGCUAUGAUAAUUUAGUGAACUCAGCCUGCUCGAAUGAGCAAGCUGUACAACUCAUUCCACUAGGGUCCCUACCAGCCCAUCUUUUUAGUAGACUUUAUUUUGAUCAUUGAACUCAGCUUCUAUAUAAAAGCCUGUCUAGAAAAUGAGUGAGUAAAACCCCAGAAUGUUGAUUCUUCAUCUGUGAAACUGAAAUACUGACCAAUUAAAUGCAAAAUUUUAAAAAUGUAUAUUUUCUAUAGUCCAUUACCACAAUGAAUUAUAUAGGUCUCCUUUUAAAACUAAACUGAUCUAUUUUUACACUUAUGACUCACAGAUAAUUUCAGGCUUAUCUGACCUUGUUCUCCAACAUUUGAGCAAAAGUAUAGUACCAACAGAUGGUUCCAUUUUCUUAUGUAGGUGGCAUUUUGUUGGCAGACUGUGGUGUCAAAAACACAAGGCAUCUUCACAAAUAACUCUCAACACAAUAAAUACAGAGUAUGCAUCCUUAUAUGAUUUCUGCCCUAUUUUCUUGUGGGUCAAUUUUUGGUCAUAAUUACACCCUGCUGCUGCAUGUUGCAAUUAAUUGAUGUAACGAGAGACACAGUACCACAUGUAGUAUACGUUUCUCUAUUGUUUGUUGGAGGUGGUCACAUACUAAGGAUAUACAAGGUACAACAAUUCAUUCAGAAAUGUAUGUUAUUAUAUAUUUAUCUUUGGUUUGUGGUACCACUGUGUGGUUGCAAAGAAUUGCUAGUUGGUGGGGUACAAGGAAAAGUGAAUACAAUUCAACAACUUUCUGAACCACUGUUCAUGAGUCAGUAACUCAUUCAGAUAAGCCCUUGAGAAUAAGUAUGUUUCACCAAUCAACUUGACAGAAGGAAUAACUCUAUCUGCAAUGAUGAGUAAGGGACAACUCAUAGUGGUUUUAUAUCUUACAGCUGAUGCAGGGAGGGAAUUAUUUACUGGUUUUCCUUCCUUUUCACAAAAGCCUUUUUGAACAUUUGGAAGUGUGCUGACCUUACUAUCGCACUGUAACACACACAUAGCCCUGGCAUAUCAAGUACACAGAGGCCCAAACAACCCCCCCAGGCCCAAUUAAUAGUUAAUGUCUAUGGCAUCUUACAGCAGCCCCUCUGGCAUUUGCCCGAAGCCACAGAUUGCCAGUCUGGGCUUGGUGAUAAUCUUUUAAAUAGGGCUGAAAGUCACUGUGCACUGGAGGAGCCAACACCUAUGUUUCCUUUGAAAGAAGUGCUAGUAAAGGUGUUUAUAGGUACCUUUGUGAAUAAUAUAUCAUAACUACCCAUAAUUACUUAACAUAAAACACUACAAACAAAAACGUACCAGAAAAGUAUUUCAUAUGCUUAUUUUUAAUUCUCCAUGUGUGUGUGUAUAUAUAUAUAUAUAUAUAUAUAUAUAUAUGUAUGUAUGUAUAUAUAUAUAUAUAUAUAUAUAUAUAUAUAUAUAUAUAUAUAUAUGUAUGUAUAGUUCAGAUAAUCAGUGAUCACAGUUAGUGGACACAGUAUAGAUUCAAAAAUGUGAUGGAUAAUUGGGUAUAAUAAUUUGUCAUAAACAAGAUGUCAAAGAAAAGCACAAAAGGUGCCAAUUGCAGGCAUGGAGACUAAGGGAAUGAUUUAUCAACGUUCAAAUUCAAAUUUUUUUUUAUACCAUUUAAAUUUAGCACUAAAACUCAAAUUAUGUUUCAUAGAUUCAAAUGUUUGGUACGAAGUGCAACGAUUAAAAAAUAAACUGAUGUAGAACUUUUGCAUCUAAAAGCUCGAUCGUUUAUGUCAAUGGGAGUUGUCAAUUUUUUCAAUUUGAGAUUUUCAAGUUUUUCUAGUUAUUUUUUUCAAGUUUGCAAAUUAACACAUUUGAGGUAUUGGAGUUUUUUUUUUUAUUUAAUCAAGAAUUUUUAAUAAGUAAACAAACAUUUGAGGUUUUUUUUAUGGAUGAGAUUUUAAUCAAAGUAGGUAAACACCCUCCAAGUCACAAACUUGAAAAUUGAUAAAUAAGGCCAUUAUCAAAACUACAAUAUAACCAGUUCAUUAGGCUUUUCAAGGCUUGUGUGGGUUUUAAAAAAUGUCUAGUCCAUCCAAACCCAAAGGGAAGCAACUAGGGCACAUACAUUUUGCUCUUUCAUUGAAAAUAUUAUGAGCAUUUAUGGUAUAUAUUAUGGUAUAUAUGCAACUGUGGGUACCAUAAUGACACAGUAUUAUCAUUUUAUACCAUGGACACAUAUGCUAAAAUUUCCAAAUGCAAAGAGCUCUAGCCUGAAACUUUGAAUGCCUUUAUCUUUGUAUGUCUUUGGGACUCUGUAAUAGUUUCUACAGUACUUAUUACAUGUAUUUCUCUGUAUCCUACUGUAUGUGACAUCACAGGAGAAAAAAAUUGACUGGAUGUGCACUAUAUGCGUGCAUUUAUUGUACAGUAGAUUUAUGAGGAUAUUUGUAGGAUAUAUAUACUUUGUAUAUAUAUAUAAAUAUGUGUAUAGGAUGUAGGAUACUAAGGAUUUAGGUUUUUACAGAUAAGUGGUCAUUCCAUAAUGUGAAUCACCAUUUCUAUAAGGCCACUGAAAACAAUGAAACAUGCAAAAACAAAAGCAAUAGACUUGUUUUGCAAUAAUCAUAGAACUAUGUUAGCUUAGUUAACUUUAGUCAAUACUAAGUACAAGGUAUUGUCCUAUUAUUACUGACAAAGAGUCAUUUCAAAAUGAAGAAUUUCUUUGGUUUCAAUAGUACGCUAAUGCUGCCCUAUGCCACCGCUUCUUGGAUAAUGGAUGUCUGGAUACUGAAUUUUUCUUGUUUUCUGUAUAAUUAUUGCAUUUUUGAAUAUAAACCUCUUUGAGCACUUUGA